AUGAGGCGUGGAAUUGUCUCCUUUCCACGAGUAUUCCACAGGAGUGGAGGGGGGGGGGGACCUACUGAGAGCAUCAUCGAUGGCCCAGUCACUGGGUGAGUAACGCUUAACGUCGACGUUUUCAGCCAAGUAUCCUCCCGGUGCAUCCUCCGAGGCUGAGGAAGCUCGAGCCGGUGCGCGUGCGGGCAUCCUCCGAUCCGCCGCCCAGAGACGGGCUGCAUCAUGACCGCAAUGGAGGCGCAGACGGGGCUGCCUGGAUGACUGGGUGACGCUGGCCGCCUUGUGAGGGACGACGCUGCUACUGGCUUCAACAGCGAGUGAGUUUAAGAGAGGAUACAGAGGUCUAUACAACAGCGCUGUGGCAGUGAUUGACCCCUUCAGUGCGUCUCCAUAAGGGUGCUCCUUCGACACAGCCAUGCCACCUCCAGCCGACAUCGUGAAGGUGGCCAUCGAGUGGCCUGGCGCCAACGCUCAGCUCAUAGAGAUGGACCAGAAACGACCUUUGUCCUCAAUUAUACGAGAAGUAUGCGAUGGCUGGUCCUUGUCAGGCUCAGAGCAGUUUGCUCUGCGGUACGCUGAUGGCCCUCAGCUUUACAUCACUGAGCAGAGCCGCAGUGAAAUAAAAAAUGGGACCAUCCUCCGAUUAGCCAUUUCACCGGCUCGCGCUGCCCGUCAGCUGCUGGAGAGGAUCCAGUCACACGGUAUCGACGCUCGCCUCGAGGCACUGAAGGAGCUCGCCAAGCUGUCGGCAGACCCGACCUUUGCCGCAGAGUUCAUCAAUAUGGAAGGCAUCGGGACACUGGCUCGUCUGGUGGAGAGUGGCACCCACUUUGGUGAGAUGCUGGCCUUCACGCUCACCGCUUUCCUGGAGCUAAUGGAUCAUGGCAUUGUGUCGUGGGACCUUAUCUCACUCUCCUUCAUCAAACAGAUCGCUGGCUACGUGAACCAGCCCAUGGUGGACGUGUCCAUCCUGCAGCGCUCGUUGGCCAUUCUGGAGAGCAUGGUGCUCAACAGCCACAGCCUCUACCAUCGAGUGGCGCAGGAAAUCACCGUGGGACAGCUCAUCGGGCACCUGCAAGUGUCAAACCAGGAGAUCCAGACGUACGCCAUCGCCCUCAUCAACGCUCUUUUCCUGAAGGCACCGGAGGACCGGCGGCAGGAGGACUAUACUAACCCGCUGGAGCAGCACCUCACUGAAAUGGCCAGCACUUUGGCACAGAAACACUUGCGAUCCAUCAUCCUCAAUCAUGUUAUAAGAGGAAAUCGACCAAUUAAAGCAGAAAUGGCACAUCAGCUGUAUGUGCUGCAAGUUUUGACCUUUAACCUUUUGGAAGAGCGGAUGAUGACCAAAAUGGAUCCUAAUGAUCAGGCCCAGAGAGAUAUCAUUUUCGAGCUGCGUAGGAUUGCCUUCGAUGGAGAAAACGACCCCACUGGCACAGAGAAGAGAAAGGCCAUGUACACCAAGGACUACAAGAUGCUGGGUUUCACUAACCAUGUGAACCCAGCCAUGGAUUUCACCCAGACUCCUCCCGGGAUGCUGGCUCUAGAUAACAUGCUGUAUCUCGCCAAGGUUCACCAGGACACAUACAUCAGGAUCGUCCUGGAGAACAGCAGCCGGGAAGACAAGCACGAAUGUCCUUUUGGCCGAUGCGCCAUCGAACUCACUCGAAUGCUGUGUGAGAUACUCCAGGUUGGAGAACUGCCUAACGAGGGCUGCAACGACUACCACCCCAUGUUCUUUACCCACGACCGCGCGUGGGAAGAGUUUUUCUGCGUCUGCAUCCAGCUGCUCAAUAAAACCUGGAAGGAGAUGAGGGCCACUGCUGAAGAUUUUAUCAAGGUGAUGCAGGUGGUCCGCGAACAGAUCACCAGGGCUCUGGCCAUGAAACCGUCGUCUUUAGACCAGUUGAAGAAUAAACUGCGAGGCCUUAACUACUCGGAGAUCCUGCGUUUGCGUCAGUCAGAGAGGAUGAGCCAGGACGACUUCCAGUCUCCACCUAUCAUUGAGCUGCGGGAGAGGAUUCAGCCGGAGAUCUUAGAGCUCAUCAAGCAGCAGCGACUGAACCGGCUGUGUGAGGGAAGCUGCUUCCGCAAACUGGGGAACCGCCGAAGGCAGGAGAAGUUUUGGUUCUGCAGACUCUCACUGAAUCACAAAGUGCUGCACUAUGGGGACCUUGACGAAUCGCCUCAGGGUGAAGUGCCUUUUGAGCUACUUAGUGACAAGAUCCCUGUGUCAGAUAUCAAGUCAGUGGUGACUGGGAAGGACUGUCCUCACAUGAAGGAGAAAAGUGCUCUGAAACAAAACAAGGAGGUGCUGGAGUUAGCCUUCUCUGUGCUCUAUGACCCCGAUGAAACACUUAAUUUUGUUGCACCCAACAAGUAUGAGUACUGCAUCUGGACUGAUGGACUGUGUGCACUGCUGGGCAGAGAGAUGGGCAGUGACCUGACGCGCAGCGACCUGGAUACCCUUAUCAGCAUGGAGAUGAAGCUCCGCCUCCUCGACCUUGAAAACAUCACCAUCCCAGAGGCCCCGCCCCCAGUGCCGAAGGAGCCUAGCUCAUACAACUUCGCCUACAACUACAGCUGAGAUGUGUGUUUGUGUGCGUGUUUGCAAUGCAUGCGUGUGUUUGUAUUGGAUGAGUAUCUUUGGUCUUUUGAUGAAUUUAGCUGCAGACGUGUGUUUUUUACACUUCAGAGCCCUGGAGACUUCCCUCCAUCUGUGUUUGUGAUGCUGCAUCAUUAAAAGAAGGAGAAAUGUGUUUAUAGCUUCACAGGAAGGUCAGAGGUCAGGGUCCAGCACAUAGAGAUUCAGUGAUUGAAUCUCAUUCAUUGGUUUGGUCUCCAGGCAACAUCUUUGAUUUGUAUUCUGCAUUCUUUGCUACUUAACGAUAUAAACCUGCCUGUAAAGAGAAAAAAAACUGUGCCUGAUGUUUAAUGUAGGGGAAAACGUGCAAAUUAGUCUUUCUUCAUUAUUACUAACUAAUGGUGGUCUCCAUGGUAACAAAGAAUGAAAUAACUGCAGUACUGUUGAAGUGUUAAGUACUGUGUUCUCGUUGAUUGUCUGUCAGGUAAUAUUAGCAGUAUGUUUGGACCCGUGUCAUUUUAGUGGGGGGAUUAUUUGCUAUGAGGACAUACUAAAGGAGAUGUUUCUGGAGGAAGGAUCGUCUCCUCAUCCUGCCUUCUCAUUAAUACUGAGUUAUUGUAUCCGAUUAAUGGUUGAACAUCUGAAGCGGGUACGGUGUAGGAAGUAUACUUUCUACCUACUAAUCCCUGUGUUUAUUAGUGUUCUGACAUACUAGAACAAGACAAUGUAGGGCUGGAACCAUGAAAACAUGUUUGUGCCAAUUUACUAUCAGUAAACCGGUCAUAAGCUAAUUUCAAUACACUAACUAUUUAUAUAUUUACCUUCUGUCUACUCUACGUUUAUGCUGCUUAACAUUGUUUGACAAGUUUCUCGCCGUCUUUUAUCAUGAUGAGUGGGUGUGAGAUAAGUUAAUUUAUGUUUACAACAUAAGGAAUAACCUCAAUACAUCAUGACUUUAAUGUUGACUGAAGUUUGUAUUAAAGCUCUGACAUGCAACCCUUUAAAUAAUAAUAAUAAUAAUAAUAAUAAUAAUUCAUAACAGUGGUGGAUUUGUUAUACAUUCACUACUACUACAGCCCCUGGAUAGUCCAGGUUCACACAAAUAUCCUACUUGUACUCCACCUGUAUCAGUAUAGGUGUUAAAAUAAGCUUUAUAGUUACAAGUUGAUGAUCAUCAAUUCAUCAUUUCAAUUUUUUCAGUGAUUUGAACUAAGAUUUCUAGUAUCACAUUACUAGUAUCAUCAUCACUUGUGAACUUUUACUGAAGUAACAUUUUUAAUGCAGAACAUUUACCUGCGUACAGAUUUGAGUAAUCACUGCCUUAUUAUUUUUAGUCAACCUGGAUAUUCAUAAUCCAAAAGUACACAAUAUAUUGUUUGUUUAUCACAAAUACAAACAUAUUUGUUUUUAUUGAUUUUUUUUAACAACUAGAACUGAAGCAUUUGUACCUGGUGUAUAAACAUGGACAACAAAGUACAACAUGAUUGUAAUCAUAUAUCAGUGUGUUUAACAGCAUCCAUUAACUAUUCACAUGCUCCUUAUAUGAUAUAUUAUAAAAUUAAGGGUAAAGUUGUUUAGAGAUUUUAGGAGACUGUAUAAUGUUACAACUAUGUUAAAGUGUGAUAUAAAACCGUCAGUAAGUCUUUAUGUUACAUAUGUUAGAACUACAUGAUAGUGUGUUGUUUAUGAACAGUGUUAUAAAUGAUAAAUCAAGGUUCUGUUAAAUUGUGGCCAGUUAAGGUUUAGUUUUUCUUCCUUUUUUGUUUGUUUGUCUAGCUGACUUUUCUUUACAUUCCAAGCGAGUGUGCAGCCCUCUGUGUUUGAAUGGCAGCUUUGAGGCCUGGCUUCAGACCUUUUAAUCACACUGUGUCCAGCCAAGCCAAAACUCCCAUGUGCUUGAUAUACAGUGUUUGAAAUGACUAUUAAUGACCACAGUGUUAUUAAUUCAGAAUGUCACUUAAUGUUCUGUCAGCUUCUGAUCCGGGACUAAUCACUGGUGUCACUUGGUGCCGAAAGAUGUACGUCUUUGUAGAGGACAGUAUAAUCGUAUAAUCUGCGAAGAGACUCGGACAAAAGUCACUUUGUACAGUCCAUCCAGCAUGCUAAUAACUGUGGCAGGUAAAAUGUUUUUAAGCAUUCACCAUUUAAGUACUCCACCACCUAAAGAUGAUGUCACUGUUUAUAUAAUAAUAAAACAUGCCAGUAGUGUUUAUGCUGUAUCGUCAAACCUAGUUUCAAUUUUAAUUUCUUUUUUAAUAAAGUAUUUUUGUUCUAGCAGUUAAAGUUUCUAUCUGGUUAGUACCAGAGCUACAUUUAAAAUAUAACCAGAAUAUAACAACAGAACACCAGAGUCCGUCACGGGUUGUUGUGCAUUAGAUCCGCUAACGCUCAUCUCUCGCUUCAUCUCUUUGACAUGACUUGCUGAAGUAUUUAUUUACACUUGCUAGUGAUCGUAAGAAUGACAUGUUGUUAAAAAUAACAACAGGACUUUAAAUAUGGUACACAUAUGGACCAUUGUAUGUAUAUGCAUUAUUGUGUUGCCUUAUUGAAGGAGAUGUAUUAUGUUUCAUGUGAAUAAAUAAGUCUAACUGCUGUUGA